UCAAAAUGCAAUCCUUAUGUAAUGAGUAGAUUCCAUAAAUUUAAAAGAUUUUGCGACUCAUGAGCUGAAAGAUAAUUACUUUAUUUUGAUGGGCAAAGUAGAAUUGAAUGGUGAGGAUGGCACAAUGAACAUAAUUGUUUUACAGCUAUAAUUUAUCUCACUUAUCUGUAUAAAUAAAAUUAUAUCUAAAAAGCUAAAGAAGGAGGUGUGUUGGCUAAAAUAGGUAUGCAAAAAUAUGGAAAUAAUGGAAGUAGGAAUGUAUCCAUAUUAUCUGCCAUUUUCAAUUAGAGAACAGUUCAGUUCGGUUGUGGAGAAAUAGUUGAAGCUACACUUCAUUUUGUAAGGAGGAUUAUUAAUAAUAGAGGUUGCUUAAAACAAUGAACAGAAAUAUUUUAGCUGAGUGGAAGGGACAAAUGUUCAAAGAAUUGAUAACAAUAAUUCAUUGA